GUUAUAGAAUCAGCAGCUGCUUCAGUCGAUGAGAGAAAAUGUAUCAUUUGUCAAAAAGAUGAUUCCAAUACAGUAACUAGUACUAAAAAUGGAAGAGAGCGGAUUAUUGAGUCUGCUCAAAUUCGAUGUGAUGAUGUGAGUGAUAGGUUGAACCAUGUUGAUACAAAUAGCUUCGUGUAUCACAUGUCUAACAAUUGUUACAAACAAUAUACAAAUACUACAAAACUUAGAAAUAUCCAGAAGAAACAAUUGGAGACAUUACCCAGCCAAGAUGAGAGUCCAAGAAAACGACAACGACUUAGAUCUUCGAUCUCUCAUUGUCAGCAGAUCCCUAAAGGGCCUGAAAUAUAUGACCAAAAAUGUGUGAUAUGUGGCACUAAAAAACACCAUGGUAAAUACGAGAAAUUUCGAAUUUCAGAAGAAAGACGAGCAUCUUCAUUCCUGAGUGCUGCUGUAUUUUUUCAGGAUGAGGUGUUCACACGUUGUUCGAACAUAGAAGACACAGCUGGGGUUUUCGGUGCAGA